CACCUGCCCUAGCGACGCGCGGCUGGUUACUAGGGGCGGAGACGCGGGAGCGCUGAAGGCUGCGGAUGCCCUCCUGCUCCGUGUCCCCGUGGGCCUCAUCGCUACACCUGCCACUUCACCCGUGGAGAUUAGGAAGUGGCUACCUGAACUAUUUUUCAAAGGAUUAAACGUUACAAAUCAUUGAAUAUGGCAACUCACUAAGAAAAUCCUAUUGGUUCGAGGUUCUAGCUUUGUUAUUGAUGGAGACUAUGGAACACAAUUUCCAGCCCCUGUAAGGGAUGCUGCUAUUCCACUGCCUAUGGAAAGGAGCCCUUCAGAAGAUUUCUUGUCACUUCUGUGCUGUGAUGGGGAAACUGCAAAGCAAGCUCAAACACAGCACUUACAAGUACAGCAGGCCUGAUGGAAUUAUAGAAGAGAGAAUCCAAACUAAAACUCUCCAAGAGUAUAGCCCCGCUCAUGCGGAUUCUGUUUUCGUUGUUGCUGCUCUGAACUCAGAACUUUGUAUCUCUGGAGGAAAAGAUAAGACGGUUGUUGCCUAUAAUUGGAAAACUGGAAAUGUGGUGAAAAGGUUCAAAGGACAUGAACGUGAAAUUACCAAGCUGGCCUGCAUCCCCAGAUCAAGCCAGUUCUUCAGUGCCUCUCGAGACAGGAUGGUAAUGAUGUGGGACCUGCAUGGCUCCUCACAGCCCAGGCAGCAGCUGGCUGGCCACGACAUGGUGGUCACUGGGUUGGCUGUGAGUCCAGACUUGACACAGCUGUGCACUGGCUCUCGGGACAACACCCUGCUCCUGUGGGAUGUGGGGACAGGACAGUGUGUGGAGAAAGCCUGCAUCUCCAGGAACCUGGUCACUCACCUGUGCUGGGUCCCCAAAGAACCAUAUAUACUGCAGACUUCUGAAGAUAAAAGCAUUAGAUUAUGGGAUAUUCGGGGGCUUCAGGUGGCUCAUGUGUUUCCCCCAAAGCAGCACAUUCAGACCUACUGCGAAGUCAGUGUGGAUGGACACAAGUGUGUUUCCUGCAGCAGUGGCUUUGGGGGUGAAGGCUGUGAAGCCACGUUGUGGGACCUACGGCAGACAAGAAAUAGAAUAUGUGAGUAUAAGGGACAUUGCCAUACAGUGGCAUCCUGUGUUUUUCUGCCCAAAACACUGGCCUUGAUGCCCAUGAUUGCUACCUCAUCACAUGAUUCCAUGGUGAAGAUCUGGAACCAAGACACUGGAGCCUGCCUUUUCACUUUGUCUCUGGAUGGCUCAGGACCCUUGACAUCCCUGGCUGUUGGUGAUACCAGCUCCUUAUUAUGUGCAAGUUUCAACAGAGGAAUUCACUUGCUCCGUGUGGACCACAGCAGGGGGCUGGAACUGCAGGAAGUGGCAACAUUCUGAGGCCCACAGGCAUUCCUUGGAUAACAUGAAACUACAGCCUCUCCUUGCUCUAUGUGGCGUUGUGUGUUUCUAUAGUGUCUUGGGAGGACCGGAACAUAGGCCUGGUAUUCUUUGCCUACAUUUAUUUAGAAGAUAUAUCAGUGUUAGAAGUCGAUUUAAACCCUGCACUUCACAAUCAAGUAUAGAAUUUAAAAAGAUGGACUCAACAUAGAUUCUCAGUCUAAAUUAAAUCCAACUCUUAUAACAUGUGUUGCUCAAAAUGAUGACCAGAAAGUAGAUGGGUGGCAGGCCUGUCUAUGAGAGUAGAAACAUGGACUUGAGUUUGUCCAGCUGGUAUUUUCCUUGUCUCCACAAAAGAGAAAAAGGCAGUAAGGACAGAAACUCUGCUUUGGUUGCAGAGAUGGGAAAGCACAGUGCAGCUGCAUGGAGGAAACAGUUUGUAGACAGUGAAAUUAAGCUCCAGUCGCUUCUCUUCAGCAAUGUGAAGAAUCAGAGUGACAGUGAGAAAGCUAAAGCCUUGGCUUCUUUUCAGAAUAGCAGAGCAAGCCGUGUGUGGUGGUGCACUCCUGUAAUCCUAGCAUUCGGGAGGCUUUAGAAAGAAGAUUGCCAUGAGAUUGCCAUGAGCUCAGGCUGAGACCAGCCUGAGCUACUUAGUGAGACCUGGUCUCAAAAAACAAACAAACAAAAACUCAGAGGCAGGAAGUGGAAAAUCCCAGUUGUCCUCGGUAUAGCUUCCUAAACAGCGCUGCUGAGGGUGCAUGAAAACCAGUGCUGAGGUGGCCUUGAAGUGCCUGACCAGCACGAAGGACACUACCAGGAUUACAGGAGUGGCCAGAGUAAGGCCGGUGAGAUAUGGAACAUACAGAAUAUGGAGAGAAAGAGUCUACUGAACCCCAGCCUCUGUCUCCCACCAGUGUGGAGAGGAGGGUGCUCUGGUUAGCCUGUGUGGCCCCAAGAGCCCAUCCCCUGCCUGGUGCUCAUAAAGCCCAUUUUCCUUGAGAGAAAAUGGAGUCCCUCCUGCCUUCAGGUGAGCCCAAGGAUAAGGGAACUAAGAUUAGAUUAGGAAAUUUUUCUUUUUUUUUAAAAUUUACUUUUUUUUUUUGGACAUGGGGCCUCACUGUGUUGUCUGGGCCAGCUGAAACUUAUAAAGUCCUCCUGUCUCAGCUUCCCACUAGCUUGGACUGCAGGCGCAGGCACAUACUACCAUGUCUUUCUUUCUUUUUUUUUUUUUUUUUUUUUCCCAAAUUCAUUGUUUUUUCAAAGAGAAAGAAACAAAUAAAACAAAAUUUCAAGGGACAACAAUGAUACAUACAUUGCACAUUGCCAUCCCCAAAUCAGUCAUCCAGAGCUCAAGACAUCUGCAUUGGAGACGCCUUUUCUAAGGAGUCCCAGUCAAAGAAGGAGUUUGCAUUUGUCUUUUCUGGCUUUUGCUUGUUUGUUUGUUUGUAACAGGGUCUCUCUGUGUAGUUCAGCCUGACCUUGAGUUGUACGAGCCAAGAGCUGGGAUUAUAGGUGUGCACCACCACACCUGGCUGUUAUGUUUUUGAGGCCAGUUAGUCCAGGGCCUUGUGUGCACAGGCCAGCACUCUGUUACUGAGCUACACACACUGCCCAGCCAUAAACUCAUUAACUAUCUGCCUGGUCCAAGGGGGCAGUAGACAGAUGUCUCAGGGCGCGUCCUAGCAUGUGCUGCAUUAUUCUUGCUGCAGCUGAAAUUUUCUGGUAGAAGGAAGAUCAGCAGAAAGUCCAAAGAUGGGUAAGGAAAAGAUUCCAUAAAAACAGAACAGGCUGCUGAAAGGGGAAAGUGAGGAAACAGCAGCCUUCUCCUGAGUUUGCAGGGCUCUAUGCCAAUAUAAACCCUUUCCUAAACUACAUGUAUUCUCAAUGUCAGAAUUCCUUCUCUCUAUAUCAUAAGUAGAAAUUUGUUGGAAGUUGGGCACAGGCUUAUAAUCUCAGCAGUCUGGAGACUGAGGCAAGAAGACUGGCUGGCCAGGUAAGCCCCACUUGCCGUAAGAGUGAGUUCUUGUCAGUGAGCUGUGAAUGGAAGUGACACAUACAACUUCCAGCUUGUUAGUGUCAAAGGAAUGUGCUUGUCCAGGAGUCCCCUCAGGGUCCUGCCCAGGAGUGGAAUUCAGACAGCCAGUAACUGCUGCAGAAGAGGACAAGAUGAUGGGACAGCAAGAUAACCUAAGUAACCCCGAGGAGUGAGCUGCUCUGCCAGCCUGCUUGGCUCCACUGUUACUAAAAGGGAAAUGAACUCUACUUUUGAAGCCACAAUUUUUUAACUUUUAAUUUGAGUCUAGUAAAUUUUCAGAUGUCUUCGAAGGUUGCUGAAUUUUCAUAAAGGGCACAACUCUAGUAACCAGGUCCUAGAUGCAAAAGUGUAAUAUACUCAAGAAUCCAGAUCGUCUCUUAUGCUCCUCAGGCCUACCUCCCAUGAUUCUGUAAUAUGAAUUUUUGUCUACUUUCCUCCUUUAUAUAAAUGGGGUCAUGCUGUGUUGUGGUCAGUGGAAAAUAUGGCCACAAAUGUCUCCUGUUGCUGUAUGUGUGACCCUUCAAAAUGUGACUUCCUCUCAUCAAGAGGAACCUCUGAAUCCGUGCUGGCCUUUAGACUUGGUUUACUCAGACAAUACAGAGGAAUGGGCACUGUGUACCCGCUGAGGCUGGACCUUCCUUAAAAUGUCUCAUAGUGCCUACCUUCACCUUGGAACGCUGCCCUCAGAUCACCACAUAAGGAAGGUGGUUUGGGUCACGCGAAGAAUGAGGUCACCUUAGGUCUUCAAACCCAGCCAACUGCAGCUGAAUGCAGCCUUGUAAGUAAACUCAGGUGAAAUCAGAAGAGAAACUUUAUAACUACUGCAGAAGCUCAUGAGAAAUAAUAAAUAAUUGUUCUAAGACACUGUUUUGGAACGAUUUCUUAUGCAGCAAGAGAUUUAAGUGAAAGAAGCAUGUACUUUUUUGAUUUCUGGUCAGAUUUCAUUUGGUCAGACUUCCAGUCAGAUCCACAUUUUUGAGAUUGUUUCAUAUUGCAUGCAGCUGGGUACCUGCUUAUUCUCAUUACUGAUAGAACUCCACUGUGAAACGAUAUAUAUAUAAAAUUCAUCUAUAUACUGAUGGCUAUUUACUUGAUUACAAGUUUAGAAUGUUCACAGUGUUACUAUGAAUAGCCUAUUAACAGGUUUUUUGGUGAACAUUUGUGUGUAUAUGUGCUUAUUCCAAAACUAGCCGGCAACUUGGUAGGCUACUGGGAAAUUCACACAAUAGUUUUUUGGAGAUACUGCCAAAAACCUUUCAAUGUACUUCUUACCAGUUGUUCAGGGGAGUUAGAGUUUCAGUUGCUCACAGGCUUGCCAGCAUUGUGCCCUUGAGUUUUACAACCUUUGGUUUUAAGAUGAGCCCAUAGAUGUACAAGAGUGCCCCAGAGGAGUGGUAGCUCCAGGAAGCAACUCUAGGAGAAAACUAGACCAACUGGUUUGGUUUCUACCCCUCUCCCUGACACCUCCAGUAAAGCAAUCAAUAAAAUUUUACAUGUACAUGGUGCACUAUGUUUUACAUAGUGCUUCCACCAUAAUGUUAUCUGAGUCUGCCAAUAAAACAACACUGAUUGGAGAAA